CAAAAAGAAACAUAAAGCGAUGUCAAAAGACGAAGGCACCCUUUCACACACUAUACUUUCCAGUUUCAAAGAACAGAGUGUGGGUUCUGCUGACGCUUGAAGACAGUGAGGGGAAAAAAUAACUGAGAAAUUCUAGAAACCUCUCUUCAGAGAGUCCGUGAAUAAAUCAAUUGUUCAAAAUCAAUUUCACAAAGUUUGAUCACUUUUGCAUUGACCUUCAACUUUUCUUCUUCUCUCCGGUUAUUCGCUCGCAAUGAAUCCACAAUCACCGGACCCUCAGCUUCCGACUUUCUCCCCACGGUUCGCGCUCGUGACCGGUUCGCAGCGGAAAAUCGCGAUCGCGGUGGAUCUGAGCGACGAGAGUGCUUACGCGGUGCGGUGGGCGGUGCAGAACUACCUCCGACCGGGCGACGGGGUGAUCCUUCUGCACGUGCGUCCCACGAGCGUCCUGUAUGGCGCGGACUGGGGCUCGGUGGAUCUGAGUGUGGCGGAGGAGGGCGGCGAUGAGGAGUCGCGGCAGAAGCUGGAGGACGACUUCGACAACUUUACGUCGACGAAGGCUAGCGACGUGGCGCAGCCGCUGGUGGAGGCGCAGAUACCGUUCAAGAUCCACAUUGUGAAGGACCACGACAUGAAGGAGAGGUUGUGUUUGGAAGUGGAGCGCCUCGGGCUCAGCGCCGUCAUCAUGGGAAGCCGCGGCUUCGGCGCGUCCAAGCGAGCCGCCAAAGGAAGGCUCGGCAGUGUCAGCGAUUACUGCGUGCACCAUUGCGUGUGUCCCGUUGUGGUCGUGCGUUACCCCGAGGAGAACGACAACGGUAGUAGCGGCAACGGUAACGGCGGUGAUGUUCUGGUUGGGGAACAGGUGGAGCUUCCACCUGUGCCUGAGGAGGAGCAUGAGGUGUAUCAUGAUGCUUCCGAUGAGCACAGAGGUCCCAAACAGUGA